CGGAGUGGGAGCUCUGCGAGUAGUAAUCAAGAAUAAAAUAAGAGGCACGGUGUGACGCGCCUUUGACGAAAAUAAUAUUAUAGAAUGGGAAGAUUAAGGAGUAGUGCUGUGCUUGUUAUAAUAUCCUUAUUAAUUGAAACAAAUGGCUUCUAUGUACCUGGUGUUGCUCCCGUGGAGUUUGAAAAGGGGCAAAAAAUUGAUGUCAAAGCAGUUAAAAUGACCAGCACCCAUACACAGUUACCAUAUGAAUAUUACUCUAUCCCUUUGUGCAGACCAAAAAAUGGCACUCUUGUUUACAAAUCUGAAAACUUAGGAGAAGUAUUACGUGGUGAUAGAAUUGUAAAUACCCCAUAUGAGGUACUGAUGGCAGAAAAUAAAAGCUGCAAAUUGUUAUGUCAUGGUCAUGAACCAUCUAGUCAUAUGACAUGGAACGAAGAAGAGUCACAGCAAGUAAUAGAGCGCAUUCAACAUGAUUACACAGUGCAUUUAUUAAUCGAUAAUUUACCAGCAGCAACAAAGAAGGUCCACAAAGAUACAAAUAAUGUAAUUGUGUAUCAUGGAUACCGUUUGGGUGGCAUUAUGAAUGAUCAAUUUUAUAUCAAUAAUUAUCUUAAACUAAAAUUAAGUUAUCAUAAAUAUGGAGAAAAUGAAUUUAGAGUAGUUGGGUUUGAAGUAGAAGCUCGAUCAGUUGAUGUAAGUCAAUUGAAGUUUGAUGGAAAUACUUGUAUAUUGCCUUCCCAUGCAAACCCACAAUUUGUAAAUCCUAAAGGAACCGAGCUUUUGUUCCUAUACUCUGUGGAAUGGAAACCAUCCGAUGUAAGCUGGGCAAGCAGAUGGGACAUAUAUCUAGGAAUGAGCGACGUUGAGAUUCAUUGGUUCUCGAUUAUCAAUUCUCUUAUUGUCGUCCUCUUCCUUUCCGGAAUAUUAACAAUGAUUAUGGUUCGAACUCUGAGAAGGGAUAUUGCACGUUACAAUGCCGGUGAAAGUGACAGUCUAGCAGGCUUAGAUGAAACAAUCGAAGAAACUGGUUGGAAACUAGUUCACGGAGAUGUGUUUCGACCUCCACCGAAUCCUCGAUUAUUUGCUGCUGUAAUAGGCAGUGGAAUUCAAAUAUUUUUUAUGGCCUUGAUAACAAUAUUCUUUGCCAUGUUGGGUAUGCUUUCCCCUGCUAGUAGGGGCGCACUUGGAACUAACGCAAUAUUUUUGUACGUAUCUUCCGGUUUAAUUGCUGGAUAUUUCUCUGCGCGUCUUUAUAAAACGAUGCGUGGUCGAAAAUGGAGAAGGACAGCAUUAUUGACAGCGACUCUGUAUCCUGGAAUAGUAUUUACUACUUGUUUCUUUUUAAAUUUCUUUAUAUGGGGAAAACACAGUUCUGGUGCAGUACCAUUUACAACAAUGCUAGCGUUACUAUGCCUGUGGUUUGGCAUAUCACUUCCUCUUGUGUAUCUUGGAUACUUUUUUGGAUAUCGUAAACAGCCAUUUACACAUCCUGUUAGAACGAAUCAGAUUCCUAGACAAGUUCCUGAUCAAUUGUGGUAUAUGAAUCCAGUAUUGUGUACAUUAAUGGCUGGAAUUCUUCCGUUUGGAGCGGUGUUUAUAGAAUUAUUUUUCAUUCUGACCGCAUUGUGGGAAAAUCAGUUUUAUUAUCUCUUUGGAUUCCUAUUCCUUGUGUUUUGUAUUCUUGUCAUCUCUUGCUCACAGAUAUCCAUAGUUAUGGUUUAUUUUCAAUUAUGCGGAGAAGACUAUAGAUGGUGGUGGAGGAGUUUCAUUGUUAGCGGAGGAUCAGCUGUAUAUGUGUUAGCUUACUCGAUCUUCUAUUUUAUGACGAAACUAGAGAUAACAGAACUGGUUCCGACGCUUUUGUAUUUUGGUUAUACAGCGUUGAUGGUGCUAACAUUUUGGUUAUUAACAGGUACAAUAGGUUUCUUCGCAGCUUACGCGUUUAUUCGGAAAAUAUAUGCCGCUGUAAAAAUAGACUAGUCAAAAGAUGUCGUUGACGGAGUCAAUGAUAAAAGGGGACAGAUUUUCAAAUUUA